AUGGUAAAAAAAGUGGAACCACAUAAACAAAAUGAUGUUGAGAAGGUGGAGUAUGGAGAAACUAUCGGAUUUCCUAUUUGGUUUACAAUCUUAAUCUCAGUUAUUUUCAUCGUUUUUACGUCAUACAUGUUUAAAAACGUGUCUUUCGAUCAGUUUGAUCAACAGGAACAUGAAAAUGAAGGUGAGGAAGAGGGAAGAGAGGAGAUAGAACAUGAUCAGAUUAGUAAAAAACUGAGGAAGAAGAAGGAGAAGAAGAUAGCGGAAAUGUUGGAGAAAGAAAGGCUCAAGAAAGAGAAGGAGGAAAAACUUAAGAUAAAGCAGAAUAAACAAGCUGAAUAUGAUCGGAAAUAUAAUGAAAGGGAAGAAAGGAUUAACCAGCAGGCAUUGGAAAUUGAAAGGGAAGGGGAUAGAAUAUAUAACGAAUUAAAGUCUAAAAUUGUAAUUGAAGAUCAAGGUUACGUCGAAAAUCUCAAGCAAAUUGAUAUUUCGGACUUUAUCGAUUACAUUAAACUAAAAAAGAGAGUAAAUGUAGAAGAUCUUUCAGCAUUUGUAGGUCUCAAGACUAGCAGUUGUGUGGAAAGAAUUAAUGAAUUGGAAGCUAAUGAUCGUAUAUUUGGGAUAAUAAACACUCAAGGUUUCUAUUUGUACAUUAAUGAGGAGGAAAUCGAUGAAUUUUGUUCGUUUAUUCAUCAUAUUGGAAGGAUACAUAAACAGUAUGAUCUAGUUUCUGCAUGCAAUCGCAUUUUUAGAUUAACAUCAAAAGAAGAGGACAAAGAGAAGAUUGAUUUGAUUUACAACAAGUGUAUACCACAAAAGGAAGAAGUUGAUCCAUAA